UUGUUUUGAUGAAGUGGUCACGCAGAUGAGCUCCAUCUCACCAUCUGUCUCUCUGCGCCAGUGUUCCAGGUUCAUUGAUAGUGAAGUUUGUCACACUUCAUGACAGUGAUUGUGCUGCUGGUGGCUUCAUAGGCUCUGCUGUCAUGGAGGAAUUUUGACAAACCCUCACCAGCUGACAGACGUGACAUGGGAUGCGGAGUCACGAAAUCAACCCAACUGCAGCUGAAACCAUGCAAUCGAGGGAACAUCUCAGUUCCAGCGGCUACAGCGAUGCGGGCGGCGCUGCUCAUCCAGCGCUGGUAUCGUCAGUAUGUGGCGCGGCUGGAGAUGAGACGCCGCUGCACCUGGAACAUCUUUCAGUCUAUAGAGUAUUCUGGACAACAGGAUCAUAUCAAGCUGUAUAAUUUCUUCGGUUACCUGAUGGAUCAUUUCAGUUCUGCCAACAGCCAAAGGAAUCUCGUAUCGCAUAUGUUUGGCGAGAGUGACGUGUUUCAGGACAUGGAGUGGGAGAGACACGUCUGUUACAAGGAGAUUGAGGUCCUGGACAUCUACACCGGCCCGCAUCUCUCCUUCCCACUGACCAUCUCCAACGUCACAGAGCUGGUGCACGCCUUCAAAAACAAACAAAAGCUUCAUGCGCGGUACGUGCUGCAGCUGCUGGGUAAGACGUGGACGCUCCUGCGCUUGAUGCCCAACAUCAGUCACGUGUGCACCUGCAAACACAAAGAGAUCACCAUCUGUGGAGACUUACACGGCCAUCUUGAGGAUCUGCUCUUGAUCUUUUACAAAAAUGGUUUUCCCUCAGCGGAGACGCCAUAUGUCUUCAACGGUGAUUUCGUGGACAAGUCCAUAGAGAUCCUGUUGGUUCUGUUCGCGUUCCUGUUGCUGUAUCCGCAUGACGUGCAUCUGAACAGAGGAAACCAUGAGGACCACAUUGUUAAUCUGAGGUAUGGCUUCACUAAGGAAGUUCUGAGGAAAUAUCAGAUAGUGGACGUUCUGUGGAGUGACCCGAUGUCUCAGAACGGUUGUGUCCCUAACGAGGUUCGAGGAGGCGGGUGUUACUGGGGGCCGGACGUCACACACAAAGUGCUGGACACACACAAACUGCAGCUGCUCAUCAGAUCUCAUGAGUGCAAGCAGGAAGGUUAUGAAUUCUGCCACAACGGCAGGGUUUUGACGAUAUUUUCAGCCUCUAAUUACUAUGACGUUGGCAGUAACAGAGGUGCUUACAUUCGUUUGGGUCCCGACCUCAUUCCUCACUUCAAACAGUUUCAGUCCAGCAGAUCGACACGAGAGCUCACACUCAGACAGAGUGUGGGACGAACAGAACUUUCUGCAUUGCAGGCUCUGAGGAUGCAGCUGUUUGCACACAAAUCUGACCUGAUCCAUGAGUUUCAGGAAUACGGCCCACAGCGCACAGGUGUGAUCUCUGUGACGCACUGGGCUGCAGCUGUGGAGAAGGCUCUGCGUCUGGCUCUGCCCUGGAGGGUCCUGAGGUCUCAGCUGGUGACCGACAGCGCUCAGGACGGGACGCUCAACUAUCAGCACUGGGUCAACCAGCUCUCCAUCAUCCAGCCCAACACCGAGAUUGCGAACACGAGCCUCCUGGAGACCCUCUACAAACAUCAUUCAAACCUGGAGAGCAUCUUCAGAAUGAUUGACACGGACCACUCAGGUCUGAUCUCGUUCGAGGAGUUUCGUCAGACGUGGAAGCUGCUGAGCUCCCACCUGCAGAUGGACAUCAGUGAUAAAGCCAUCUCAGAUCUGGCCGAGAGCAUCGACUUCAACAAGGACGGCAGCAUCGACAUCAACGAGUUCAUGGAGGCCUUUCGCCUGGUGGAGCAUUCUAGAGCCGAGACGGACGCGCCAGCGUCGCCCGAGUGAGGACAACACAAACACACUGCUUUCUGUGUCGCUCGUCCAAACCUCAAGAGCAGCUGCUGUACGCAUCUAUACACAUCUGAGUGCUUCCUUGGGUUUUAGUAAAGAUGAUGGUAUUUUCAGUGCUUUCACUUUCACAAACACUCAUUAAAUUGAACACAUGAAAUUCAUACAGUGAAGCUUUAUUAAUCAAUCACAGACACAG